CCUAAUAACUAGACUGCCAUUUUCCGUGUCAAAUGUAAUGGGGUGGUUCCAAGACCAACAGUAAAUACACCAAACCUAGGAGCAAGAUGGAGAGGAAGAGAGAAGAGGGUUGUGGCCAUAGAUCUCCACUGGUCCAUCAGGAGAGAGCCGGCUCCCCUGUACCCAGCUGUGUAUCUAUGAAGAGUGAAAAUUCCAUAUAUCUGCCAAUCGACUUCAGUGGUGGAGACUUUACCCAUGAACCAAGAACAAUUGGUGACCAAGAGCAGAGGUCAGAGUCCGAGAUUCCGAGUGAUGAACUUCAUCUGGUGUACCAACACAAAUCUACCCUGAAGAAGAGACAUGAAUGCAUAUUUGAGGGAAUAGCUAAACAAGGCCACUCAACACUUCUCAAUAAGAUCUACACAGAGCUCUACAUCACAGAGGGUGAAAGCGGAGAUGUCAAUAACGAACAUGAGGUGAGACAGAUUGAAACAGCUUCCAGGAAAUCAGCAGCACAAGGGACAAAAAUCAAAUGUAACGACAUCUUUAAACCCUCACCUGGACAAGACAAACCUAUCAAAACUGUGCUGACAAAGGGAGUUGCUGGCAUUGGAAAAACUGUCUCUGUGCAGAAGUUCAUUCUGGACUGGGCUGAAGGAAAAGCUAAUCAGGAUGUCCAAUUCAUAUUUCCACUUCCUUUUCGGGAGCUGAAUUUGAUGAAAAAUAAAAAAAUCUGUUUGAAUGAACUUAUAGAUCACUAUUUCAUUGAGAUUAGAGAAUCUGAAAUCUCCAACUUUGACAGUUACAAAGUUAUGUUUGUUCUUGAUGGUCUGGAUGAGUUUCGACUUCCUCUAGACUUCAAGAAUAACAAGAGCUGCUGUGAUGUCACAGAGUCAACCUCCGUGGAUGUGCUGCUAACAAACCUCAUCAAGGGGAAUCUGCUCCCCUCUGCUCUUGUCUGGAUAACAUCCCGACCAGCAGCAGCCAAUCAGAUUCCUCCAGAGUGUGUUGACCAGGUGACAGAGGUACAAGGAUUCAAUGACCCACAGAAGGAGGAGUACUUCAAGAAUAGAAUCAGUGAUGAGAACCUGGCCAGCAGAAUCAUCACACAUAUUAAGUCAUCAAGGAGCCUCCACAUCAUGUGCCACAUACCAGUCUUCAGUUGGAUUACGGCCACUGUUCUAGAGAGACUGUUGGUUGAAGCAGAGGGUGGAGAGAUGCCCAGGAAUCAGACUCAAAUGUACACACACUUCCUGGUAUUUCAGACCAAACAAGGGAUUCAGAAGUAUCUUGAAGACCAUGACCGAGAUCCACACUGGGAUAAAAUGAUAAUUCUCUCUCUGGGAAAACUGGCCCUCAAACAACUGGAAAAAGGCAAUCUGAUCUUCUAUGAGGAAGACCUAAGGGAGUGUGGCAUUGAUGUCAGAGAAGCAUUAGUGUACUCACAGAUCUUCAGAGAGGAGUGUGGGCUGUACCAGGAGAAUGUGUACUGCUUUGUGCAUCUGAGCAUCCAGGAGUUUCUUGCUGCGUUAUAUGUGUUUCUCACAUUCAACCAAAGCAGAGAGAAUCCACUGGUCAAAAAGAGAUCUUCAUUCAGGGACCAGGAAUCAUCAAUCGGACACAAAUCUACGAUCGACUUCUACAACAGUGCAGUAGAUAAAGCUUUACAGAGCGAGAAUGGACACCUGGAUCUGUUCCUCCGCUUUCUUCUGGGCCUUUCACUUGAGUCCAAUCAGACUCUCCUACGAGGCCUACUGUCACAAACAGAGAGCAGCUCACUGACAAAUGUGGAAACAGUCAAAUACAUCAACGAGAAGAUAAGGGAGAAUCCCUCACCAGCGAAAUGCAUCAAUCUGUUCCAUUGUCUGAAUGAGCUGAAUGACCACUAUCUAGUGUGGGAGAUGCAAAGCUACUUGAACUCAGGAAGUCUCUCAGAAGCCAAAUUGUCACUUACAGAGUGGUCAGCUCUGGCCUUUGUGUUGCUGACUUCAGAAGAGGAGCUGGAUGUUCUUGACCUAAAUAGAUUCUCCAAAACAGAGGAAGGUCUUCUAAGGCUGCUGCCAGUGGUCAAAGCCUCCAGAACAGCUCUUUUGAAUAGAUGUAAACUCACAGAGAGAUGCUGUAAAGAGUUGGCAUCAGCUCUCAGCUCAAACUCCUCACAACUGAGACAACUGGACCUGAGUGACAAUGACCUGCAAGAUUCGGGAGUGGGGCUGCUGUAUGCCGGACUGGGGAAUCCACAGUGUAAACUGGAAACACUGAGGUUGAAUAGCUGUAAACUCACAGAGAGAUGUUGUGAACAGUUGGCCUCAGUUCUCAUCUCAAACUCAAACCUGAGAGAGCUGGAUCUGAGUGACAAUGACCUGCAGGAUUCAGGAGUGAAGCUGCUCUCUGCUGGACUGGGCAGUCCAACCUGUAAACUACAGACACUGAGGUUGAAUAGAUGUAAACUCACAGAAAGCUGUUGUGAACAGUUGGCCUCAGUUCUGAUCUCAAACUCAAACCUGAGAGAGCUGGAUCUGAGUGACAAUGACCUGCAGGAUUCAGGAGUGGAGCUGCUGUCUGCUGGACUGGGGAGUCUGCAAUGUAAACUGGAGACACUGAGGCUGGACCGAUGUAACAUCACAAAGAAAAACUUGGAAAAAUGUUCCUCAACUCUCAGCUCAAACUCAUCACACCUGAGAGAACUGGACCUGAGUUACAGUCAGCCAGGAGACCCAGGAGAUCUAGGAGACCCAGGAGAUCUAGGAGACCCAGGAGAUCUAGGAGACCCAGGAGAUCUAGGAGACCCAGGAGAUCUAGGAGAUCUAGGAGACCCAGGAGUAGAGCUGCUCACUGCUGCCCUGGAGGAUCCUCAAUAUCAUCUCAAAACUGUCAGUGGCCACGGUGAAGAGUGUUUGCUGUUUCAGAGAUCCUCAGUAGUUGCAUGUGAGCUAACACUGGACCCGAACACAACAUACAGACAUCUCUCUCUGUCUGAGGACAACAGAAAGGUGACAUGGGAGAUAGAAGAGCAGCUGUAUCCUGAUCACCCAGACAGAUUUAUGGACUGGACACAGGUGCUUUGUAGAGAAGGUCUGACUGGGCGCUGCUACUGGGAGGCAGAGUGGAGCGGGGAUGUGGUUGAUAUAGCAGUAACGUAUAAAGAAAUCAGCAGGAAAGGAGUGGGGAAAGACUGUGGGUUUGGAUUUAAUGACAAGUCCUGGAGAAUGUUGUGCUCUGAUCAGAAGUACACUGCCUUGUACAAUAAUAAGUGUACUUUCAUACCGGUCCCCUGCUCCAACAGAGUAGGAGUGUAUCUAGACUGGCCGGCUGGCACUCUGUCCUUCUACAGCAUCUCCUCAGACACAGCAACUCUACUGCACACGUUCCAAGCCAAAUUCACUAAGCCUCUUUACCCAGGGUUUAGGCUUUGGGUUGGUUCUUCAGUGACCCUGUGCCAUGUAGACACCAAAGCCUUCAAAGAAACACAGUCAUAAGUUUGUCAUGACAAUUGUGACGGCCACACAUUUGAUGUGUUCAGUGAAACAUAAUACCAAUUAGUGGAAAAAAAUAUCAGAAUUUGGCUGCCUAACUAAACGCAGCCAUUGAGCUGCACGUUAAAAAACAGUUUACCCGUGCAGUUUAAAAUUCACUUUGCAUAACACACCAAGCUUUAAAAGACACAUGGUUUUAAAAUAUCCCCAAAAUAUUUAUUAAAAGAGAACUUGCCCAAGCCUCCCCAUUUCUCCUUCACCCAAAUCCAGAUAGCUGAUGUUCUGAAAGAGUUGCAAAAUUUGGACCCCUACAAAUCAACUGGGCUAGACAAUCUGGACCCUCUCUUUCUAAGAUUAUCUUCCGCAAUUGUUGCAACCCCUAUUACUAGCCUGUUCAACCUCACUUUCAUAUCCUCUGAGAACCCCAAAAAUUGGAAAGCUGCCACGGUCAUCCCCCUCUUCAGAGGGGGAGACACUAGACCCAAACUGUUACAGAUCUAUAUCCAUCCUGCCCUGUCUUUCUAAGGUCUUCGGAAGCCAAGUUAACAAGCAGAUCACUGACCAUUUAGAAUCCUACCGUACAUUCUCCGCUUUGCAAUCUGGUUUCCGAGCUGGUCAUGGAUCCACCUCAGCCAUGCUCAAGGUCCUAAACGAUAUCGUAACCGCCAUCGAUAAAAGACAAUACUGUACAGCCUUUUUCAACCACCCCGGCAAGGCCUUCGACUCUGUCAAUCACCACAUUCUUAUCGGUAGACUCAACAGCCUUGGUUUCUCAAAAGAUUGCCUCGCCUGGUUCACCAACUACUUCUCAGACAGAGUUCAGUGUGUCAAAUCGGAGGGCCUGUUGUCCGGACCUUUGGUAGUCUCUAUGGGGGUGCCUCAGGGUUAAAUUCUCGGGCCAACUCUAUUCUCUGUUGUCGUGAUGGAAUCCCUAUUUCUCAACAAAGCAUCCUUCACUCAUGCUGCCAAACAUACCCAGGUGCAGCCGCAAAGCACCAUCAGCGGCCGUCUUAUUCUGUUAAGGUGCUGUGCAGAGAGAUUCUUUCAUGAAUCUAUGAGAUGGACCAUAUGUUGAUAAAUGUACAGUAGACUGAUUUCUAAGGAUGCCAAUUUUUGUACUAGUGAUCUCAUGAUGGUAAUUGUCUGUUAUUGUGGGUUUAUUGAUUCGAUAUUUGAUGCUACUGGUUCUACUAUGUUGUAUUGUGGUACCGUAUGUAUUUAUUAAUGCUGAUUGAUUGAUGCUGCUGUUAGCUAUGCUAUGGUUGUAAGACAA